AUGCCAAAAAAAAAGGAAGAUGAUUAUGAUUCACUGCUUGAUACGGCACCACAACCCAAAAAAAUUGGGGCAAGAAUAUAUGCCACAUUCUGCAUAUUAAGCGGUAUUACGAGCCUCGGGAUCGCAUCCAUGGGGUUUGGGUGGUGGAACGGAGCGGAUUAUUUUCACCAGGGGGUAUAUCCCAAUGGAUGGGUUGGUUACGAUGUUUUUACCUUCAUUGGCUUGCUGCUGUUCACUGUGUUUUCCUCCUCUGGCGUGACGCUCUUGUACGUUGGUGUGAGCACGCUGAUGAGGCUAUGGAGUGGGAUUCUGGGAUUGGCUGUUUUCGGUGCUUUGGGUGUCGUCCUCGUUGUCGUUGGAAGCCUGGGAAUGGUGUGGGGAAACGAGACGAUGCAGUGCCUGGGUAUCUUCUGCGUUGACACUACAAAGUACGUUGUUGUCCCUGGUGCGAGACCCGAGGCUGGUCUGGGUUUCCGGUCGAUGAUUGGCAUGACUGCGUUCUUUUCGCUUGUGCCUAUGGGCCUCGUGAUCCUGGCGCAGGUC